AUGCCUUAUUUUAUUCAGAGGCUUUUCAAUACUUGCAAAUCAUCUCUAUCACCUAAUGGACCUGUGUCUGAGGAGGCCUUAGACAAGGUUCGCACUGUGUUGGAGAAAAUCAAGCCGUCUGAUGUUGGUCUUGAACAGGAAGCUCAGUUGGUGCGUAACUGGCCUGGUCCUGGGAACGAGCGUAAUGGGAACCAUCAUUCUCUUCCAGCUAUUAAAUACCUUCCUUUACAUGAAUGUGAUAGCUUCUCGAUUGGAAUUUUCUGCAUGCCACCUUCGUCUAUCAUACCACUACAUAAUCAUCCAGGCAUGACAGUGUUAAGCAAGCUCGUUUACGGUUCAAUGCAAGUGAAGUCGUAUGAUUGGGCUGAGCUUGAUCCAUCAGAGCUAGACGAUCCAUUACAAGCAAGACCCGCAAAGCUGGUCAAGGAUACUGAAAUGACGGCCCCUUGCCCAGCAACCACACUAUAUCCAACAACUGGCGGAAACAUCCAUUGUUUCAAAGCCAUUACGCAUUGUGCAAUCUUCGACAUCUUAUCUCCUCCAUACUCUUCUACUCAUGGCAGACAUUGCAACUACUUCAGGAAAUCCCCAUUACGCGACUUACCUGGUGAGAUUGAAGUGAUGAAUGGAGAAGUGAUCUCCAACGUAACAUGGCUCGAAGAGUAUCAACCUCCAGAUAACUUUGUGAUAUGGAGAGUUCCGUACAGAGGUCCUGUGAUUAGAAAAUGA